CCUUGUGGGAUCUGGUUCCGUCCAGUCUCGGCUUCUAAUUUUCUCGCAAAAGACCGAGCAUUAACGGCUGAGGCACGUAACAUUAUUGAACUCUAAUGAUGGUGCCUUGGCUGAUAAGUGAGCACGACAGAGCAGGCAACGUGCAAAGUCAUGCACUAGCACGAAAACUGACUUAUCACUCAUCGACGAGGCCCUGCCGGCUGACACCAUCUGUCGUGUCUGUACUGCGGCUGACGGUACUCUGCUUACUUCCGAUGGAUCCUAUUGGUCGGCUGUGACGUGUCGUACCUGCUCCACCGCUCGCCCUGCUCUUGGUCUGGAUAUCGCCAUCUAGUUGUGCCGGUGCGGGACGCGAGGUAUACUUGAUCUCGGUCGCUUGCAGCUUUAUUGAUCAACUCUCAGACGCAGACGGCAGUCAACCGAGUAUUACCUGUCCCGUAGCAAGCCUUGCGUCAUUCCUCUUUACAAAUGCCUCACGGCUCAGCCAAGACAUCCUCCAGAUUCAUUCAUACAAAAAUCUCUAUCUUCGCAAUGGCCAGCUUUUCCCACAAGCAAACUAUCGAGCUCAAAAUGUCGUUCUCAUCAUACGACGAGAAAAAGGACGUCUCCCCGCCCCCGGUCUACCCCAUCCUCACGGCAGGACAGGAAGACGACGUCGCUCGCCCUCAGUACUUUGUCGACAAUGAUCUCAAGUUUGUCGGCGAACAGGGUGGUAACGGUGCGCAAGCAACCUACCAAGAUGCUUAUGGUGCGCCAGUGGAGGGUAAGAACCCGUUAGGCUACAGUGUGGGAUGGUGGUCGGCGUUGUUUCUCAACAUCACGAUGCUGAUUGGAACUGGUAUCUACUCUUUCCCAUCUUCCCUCUUGAAGAACCUCGGCUCUGUCGGUCUCGCCCUUUGCUACUGGCCCAUUGGUCUCCUCAUCUCUCUCGCUGGUAUCUCCGUUUACCUCGAGUUUGCAUCCUACUUUCCCUCUCGAUCUGGUGCCGAGGUCGUCUACCUUGAGCAAGCCUUUACGAAGCCCAGGUACUUUUUCCCUAUCGCCUUUGCCAUCCAGACAGUCAUUUUGUCUUUCGUGUCCAGCAACGUGAUCGUCGUCGCUCAAUACAUCUUCCGAAUGACCGACCACACCGCUACCGACUGGGAAUCCAAAGGUGUCGGAAUCGCGGUCCUCACUGCUUGUACUCUGCCUGUCUGGCUCAGUACCAACGCGUCCCUCCGUAUCUCUAACACCCUCGGUGUCCUCAAGAUCAUCACCCUUCUGCUCAUCAUCAUCCCCGGCUUCGUCGCCCUCGGCGGCGGUUUCAAAUCCGUCCCCGAGCCUACCGCCAACUUUCACAACGCCUUCGAGGGCAUGUCCUCCAAUGGGUACAACCUCUCCAAUGCGCUCGUCAACAUCAUCUUUUCUUAUGGCGGUUACACCAACUCCUUCAACUUGGCAAAUGAGAUCAAGAACCCUAUCAAGACUAUCAAGAGGACAGCGAACACUGCGGUCAUCUUUGUGGCCAUCCUGUACAUCUUGACCAACAUUGGAUACUUUGCAGUCUUGACCAAGUCUGAGAUCACAAACUCCACCCAAGUCACCGCCACCGUCUUCUGGAACAAGAUCUUUGGCUCUAAAGCCUCCAAAGCUCUUACUAUCCUCCCCGUUCUCUCGGCUGCUUCCAACAUUGUCAACGUCAUCGUUGGCCACUCUCGUAUGAUCCGUGAGAUUGGUAGGCAGGGCGUUCUGCCCUGGCCCAGAUUCUGGGUAUACACUUGGCCUUUUGGGACACCCACUGGGGCGUUGAUCGUGAUCUACAUCAUAUCCUUCAUCGUCGUCGUGGCGGCCCCUGCUGGAGAUGCUUUCAGUUUCAUCGUCGCUCUUUCCAAUUACCCCUCAUCCUUCUUCCUUGCCCUCAUGACCGUCGGUCUGUUCAUCGUCCGCCGUCGUAGGGCAAGGCUCAAUUUGCCUCCUUCCGAGUACCGCUCGUGGACGUUUGUCGUUCUGUUCUUCUUGGCGAGCAACAUCUUCUUGCUGGUCAUGCCUUGGGUGCCUCCUCCCGGCGGUCUCAAUGGAGGCAGUUACUCGUUCUUCUACGCUUCGAGUAGCUUGACUGGUAUCGGAAUCAUCGCUACCUGCGCCCUCUACUUCUUCGUUUGGACCCGCUGGCUCCCCAAAUGGGGCAACUACCAGCUCCGCCAAACUGUCGUCACCUUGCCAGAUGGGGCUGUCACGCACCAGAUCAUCAAGGUGAAGAAUGAUGAGGUGGAUGCUUGGGAUGCGAAACAUGAUAUCGCGGGGAGGAGCUUGGAUGAGAGGGAGGCGGAUGCUUAGAUCGCGGGGAUUAAGAGGUCUGAUGGGGCUUGUCUGAUGGGACUUGGAGGCUUGAUGGUUCUGGUGUUCCGGUAUAAUGGUUGAAUAGAAUGAUCGUUAGAAGUUUGUUUGGGAUUGUCUUCUUGGGGGCACGAGUAUGGUAUCGUCUUUGGGUAUCUCGGGGUAUCUGUUGUUAUGUAGCGUUG